GAAGAUUUUCUUUACAAAAUCUUUUAGGAUUCCCUGAAGAAAAAGUUAAUAAUAUUGUAAAUAUUAAUCAAAUAAUAGAACAAUAUCAAAUAUCUUUAUCAGAUAAACUUUCAAUUACACCACAAAAUAUAGAUAAAAUUCAAAAAGCAUUGCUUGAAGGAAUUAAUAAAUAUUAUAAUGAUGAUGAUAAAAAACUAUAUUUAACUAAA